UGGCCAGGCCCCCGGGACCGAAAUGUGAAGCUCGUGCGUGGAGUGCCACAGUACAAUCAGACGGCAGAUGGACAGUGUGACGAGAGCGUCAGAGAGGAUCGGGCCUCGCUGUGAGAGUCGGCCUGGAGUCAGAGUGUUGACAAGUUGUUGAAAAGGAAGCCAGUGGGAGGACUGUGGCACACGGAGGAAGUACAGCCCUGUCUUCGUCUUGCCAUUGAUGGAGGACAGAUGGACAGCCGGAUGGCCAGUCACCUCUCCUCUUAAACCUUUGGAGAGUGGUCCUUUGUCCUCUGCUGGACACAUAUCAGGCAUUUUAACACAGGCUCCAAAUUCACUUUCCAUAAAUACAUAAAAUUAGACUGCAGUAUACAACCAGACUCAUCUGUUGCAUGCAACAGGUUCUCAAACAUGAGUGCCGAGGGCUACCAGUACCGAGCGCUGUACGACUAUAAGAAGGAACGAGAGGAAGAUAUCGACUUGCACUUGGGUGACAUUUUGACUGUGAAUAAAGGAUCUUUAGUAGCACAUGGAUUCAGUGAUGGACAAGAAGCCAGACCUGAAGAAAUCGGCUGGUUAAAUGGCUAUAAUGAAACCACGGGGGAGAGGGGAGACUUUCCGGGAACUUAUGUAGAAUAUAUUGGAAGGAAAAAAAUCUCACCCCCGACACCAAAGCCCCGGCCACCUCGACCCCUUCCUGUUGCACCAGGUUCUUCUAAAACUGAAACAGACAGUGAACAACAAGCUUUGACUCUUCCAGAUCUUGCAGAGCAGUUCGCCCCUCCUGACAUUGCCCCACCUCUUCUGAUCAAGCUUGUGGAAGCCAUUGAAAAGAAAGGUCUGGAAUGUUCAACUCUAUACAGAACACAGAGCUCCAGCACCCCAGCAGAAUUACGACAGCUUCUUGAUUGUGAUACGGCUUCUGUGGACUUGGAAAUGAUCGAUGUGCACGUUUUAGCAGAUGCUUUCAAACGCUAUCUCCUGGACUUACCAAAUCCUGUCAUUCCAGUAGCCGUUUACAGUGAAAUGAUUUCUUUAGCCCAAGAAGUACAAAGCUCCGAAGAAUAUACCCAGCUAUUGAAGAAGCUCAUUAGAUCGCCUCACAUACCUCAUCAGUAUUGGCUUACACUUCAGUAUCUGCUGAAACAUUUCUUCAAGCUCUCUCAAACCUCCAGCAAAAAUCUCUUGAAUGCAAGAGUGCUCUCAGAAAUUUUCAGCCCUAUGCUUUUCAGAUUCCCAGCAACCAGCUCUGAUAGUACCGAACACUUCACAAAAGUUGUAGAAAUUUUAAUUGCAACUGAAUGGAGUGAGCGACAGCCUGCACCAGCACUGCCACCUAAGCCACCAAAACCCACUACUGUAGCCAACAACGGUAUGAAUAACAAUAUGUCCUUACAAGAUGCUGAAUGGUACUGGGGUGAUAUCUCAAGGGAAGAAGUAAAUGAAAAACUUCGAGAUACAGCAGAUGGGACCUUUCUGGUACGAGAUGCAUCUACUAAAAUGCAUGGUGAUUAUACUCUUACACUAAGGAAAGGAGGAAAUAACAAAUUAAUCAAAAUAUUUCACCGAGAUGGGAAAUAUGGCUUCUCUGACCCAUUAACCUUCAAUUCUGUGGUUGAAUUAAUAAACCACUACCGGAAUGAAUCUCUAGCUCAGUAUAAUCCCAAACUGGAUGUGAAAUUACUUUAUCCAGUAUCCAAAUACCAACAGGAUCAGGUUGUCAAAGAAGAUAAUAUUGAAGCUGUAGGUUUUAAAAAGUUACAUGAAUAUAACACUCAGUUUCAAGAAAAGAGUAGAGAAUAUGAUAGAUUGUAUGAAGAAUAUACUCGUACUUCCCAGGAAAUUCAAAUGAAAAGAACAGCUAUUGAAGCAUUUAAUGAAACCAUAAAAAUAUUUGAAGAACAGUGCCAAACCCAGGAGAGGUACAGCAAAGAGUAUAUAGAGAAGUUUAAACGUGAAGGCAAUGAAAAAGAAAUACAAAGGAUUAUGCAUAAUUAUGAUAAGUUAAAGUCUCGAAUCAGUGAGAUUAUUGACAGUAGAAGAAGAUUGGAGGAAGACCUCAAGAAGCAGGCAGCUGAGUACCGAGAGAUCGACAAACGCAUGAACAGCAUUAAACCAGACCUCAUUCAGCUGAGAAAGACGAGAGACCAAUACUUGAUGUGGUUGACCCAAAAAGGUGUUCGGCAGAAGAAGUUGAACGAAUGGUUGGGCAAUGAAAACACUGAGGACCAAUAUUCCCUGGUGGAAGACGAUGAGGAUUUGCCCCACCACGAUGAGAAGACGUGGAAUGUCGGAAGCAGCAACCGAAAUAAAGCUGAAAACCUGUUGCGGGGGAAGCGAGAUGGCACAUUUCUAGUCCGGGAGAGCAGUAAACAGGGCUGCUAUGCCUGCUCUGUAGUGGUGGACGGUGAAGUAAAGCACUGUGUCAUCAACAAGACGGCGACCGGCUAUGGCUUUGCUGAGCCCUAUAACUUGUACAGCUCUCUGAAAGAACUGGUGCUACAUUACCAACACACCUCCCUCGUGCAGCACAAUGACUCCCUCAACGUCACACUAGCCUACCCGGUAUAUGCACAGCAGAGGCGAUGAAGCGCUUAUCCUCUGAUCCUUCUCCUGAAGUUCAACCACCCCGAGGCCUCUGGAAAGCAAAGGGCUCCUCUCCAGCCUGACCUGUGAAUUGAGCUGCGGAAACGAAGCCAUCUGUCUUCAGAUGGGACUAGAGCUUUCUUUGACAAAAAAAGAAGUAGGGGAAGACCUGCAGCAUGCAGCCUAGGGCUGUGUGAUGAGUUUCUAAUCUGGAGUGUUCAUCUUCCUUUCUUUUCUUUUCUUCUUUUUUUAUUUUUUUAAAAGAAGUAUGGUUUAAUUUAAAGCCACAACACACAACAUGAAGAGAAAAAGAAACGCAAAAAUCUCUGCGUGCAGGGACAAAGAGGCCUUUAAUCAUGGUGCUUGAUAAUGCUUUCUGAAGCUUUACCAGCUAAAAGUUGGGACUUUGGAGACCAGAGGGUGGAUGGGGCAGAAGAGCCCUGGCCUGAGGACGCUUGGUCCAGCCUGGUUUAGCCUGGGUGUUGCUGUGCACGGUGGCCCAGACACAUCGCACUGUGGAUUAUUUCAUUUUCUAACAAAUGAACGAUAUGUAGCAGAAAGGCACUUCCGCUCACGAGGGACACUGAGAGAACAUCAGUUCGUCUGUGUGUUAAGAGGAAAUUCUGUCCUAGCGAAGUGCCAGAAAGUGUUUUCUUUAAACUUCUCAAAACAAAAACAAAAACCUACAACACGAAACAACCCACCAACAGAAAAAUUGAACUGAGAAAACAGGACUUAAAGUGACAUUCAGUAUAUAAAAUAUGUAAAUAAUAUUUGAUGACUAACUAUCAAAUAGAUGGAUUUGUAUCAAUACCAAAUAGCUUCUGUUUUGUUUUGCUGAAGGCUAAAUUCACAGCGCUAUGCAAUUCAAUUCUUAAUUUUCAUGUUAUCUCAGUUUUAAAUGUACCUUCAGAAUAAGCUUUCCCCACCCCAGUUUUUGUUGCUUGAAAAUAUUGUCCCUGAUUUUUUGUUAAUAUUCAUCUUGUUAUUUUUAUUCUCUUUUUUUUUAAAGAAAUGUACAGGAUGCCAGUUUAAAAAAAAAUGGCUUCAGAAUUAAAACUAUGAAAUAUUUUACAGUUUUUCUUGUACAGAGUACUUGGCCAUUAGCCCAAGGUUAAAUUUUGGACUAAAUGUUUUGUUGGGCAGUGCCUGAUAAGCUUCAAAGCUGCUUUAUUCAAUAAAAAAAAAAAGAAAGAAAGAAAAAGAUAUAUGAAUAUGACAAAGUAUCACUGAGUCCGACAAUGUUGUUUUAAGACUCUUAAAAUACGGUACCUGGCAAUGUUUGUUUCAUAAAGAAUUGUGAACUUCUUGAAUCUAGGGAGGGGGGGUGUAACAGGUGGGUGGUGGGGGGAUGGCAAAGGUUUUAUGCACUUUCUCUUUCUCAUAUUACAGAGAAAUAGUGGAUAACUGCACAGCAAGUCGCUUAUACGUUAGUCCUUUCCCACUUGGAUUCGCUAGUUGUUAUCAAGUAGUAACAAUUACAAACCUGCUGUCAACUCUAACACAGCACAGCGGGUCAGGUGUUUCAGUUCUCACAAAGUGCUGAGCGUUUUUGGGUCCCUGGAACAGAGCUCACAUGUGUUUGGAACACUGGUUUAAAGGUAUAAUCUCUGCAUUUAGAAAAGGUGUCUUUGUCUUUUUAACAUUAGGCUCUCAUGAUGACCAACAAACAUUCAUUUUUUUAAAAAACCACGAUCUGAAAAAAAUAUUUGUAGUUGGCCGUUUGUCAUUUUCCCAGCUUUCCAUUCAAUUAAGAACCUAAAGCAAAUAGAUACGAUCGUACCAUUGCUCCUCUGGGCUGUGUAGAGCUUGUUAGUCAUGGUCAUCGCAGGAGUCCACAUGACGGUCCUUCUCAUUCAUCCAAAUAAUUGCAUGUGUUCUACUUCACUGUGGGAAAAGGAAGGGGUCGUUAGCAUCAUCUUCCCAUUUAGGAUGAGAGAGCGAGAGGACUCUCCCUGAUUUACAUAUGCAAACGCUGUUAUGUUCAGUAGGAAUUGUACAUGUGUUGAAAGGGAUAAAGGCUAAUUAUAAUCAUGGUCACUACCCUGGUAGAUUAAACGGGAAUCUUGAAAUUUCAGUUUCCCUUUCUCAACCUUAGAUUUACCCACAGUUUUAGUUCUCUUUCUUUCCAGUACUAGGAUAAGGGUUUUUUGUUUGUUUGUUUGGGAUUUUUUUAAUGUUCUUUCAAAAAGUUUUUUUGAAAGGAUUUGUCUAGCAGCUGAGUUAAUCAUCUGUAGAAUGUAUUAUUUUUCCUCUUUACAUGAAGUUACUCAUACUCAAUAGCAAAAGUCGGUCUUAGCAGCCAGACCGUCAGCCUCAAACUUGACCAUUACUGACCUACCCAUCUCUCUCAUCAUCAGACAAUUGAUGUCCCUGGUUUUAGUCUGUGAAUGUCUUUGCUUUCAGACUUCUGGUAGUAAUAUCUAUCCACAUCACACAGAAAUCUAACAGUUAAUUAGUUAAUAGUAGUUUAUAAACUAGAUUUGUGGCUUAUUUUUUUUAGCACAUCAUGUAUACUAUUAAAUAGAAUUUUCAUUUAAUUUCUACAAUAUAAGAUCUGAAAUCAGAUGUUUCAUUAAAAGCUACAGUUUAAUAUCUUGGUUUCAACACUUUACAAGAUGACAUGGUAUCUGGGCACUUGCCUUAUUUUUCAUCUCACAAGCGUAAGUGCAAUAGGUUUUUCAUUGAACAGCAAGGCAGAAUUCACUGUUCAGAUAACAGUUAUACCGUACCUUACCUUUUCUGCCAAAUGCCUUUUUGAUUGCAGCGUAGUGUGCAAUCAGCUCUUCCAGAUGUUCGACCAGCAAGGCUCUUUGGAUUCAAGCAGAUAGUCAUCUCCUGACUACGUCUGAGUGGCUCACACGAGGGUGAAUGGAUUCAGCAGAGGCACUC